AUGCAGUUGAACAUAAAAAAAUGCAAGUCCAUAACUUUUAGUCGCCGUCAGUCCAAUGUCUGCUUCGAGUAUAGUAUCAACGGUACCAGCAUCGAUCAAGUCAGCUCCAUGAAUGGCGUCAUCGUUGAUAAAAAACUAACGUUCAGCGACCAUAUCAGUGCCAUCACAGCGAAGGCUUUCUCUGUUCUUGGAUUCGUAAGGCGCAAUUCACAAUCCUUUCAGGAUGUAUACACUCUUAAAGCUGUGUACUGUUCUUUUGUGAGAAGUGUAUUGGAGUACGCCGCUUGUGUGUUGUCUCCUCACCAUACAUCUUGGAGUCUUCGAAUCGAAAGAGUGCAGGUCACUUCCGUGGAACGACCCCAUCAAUCUUCCGGAUUAUGA